AAGUCCCGAGGGGUGGGCGCGAGACUGCAUAGCCUAUAUAACCGCGCGCUUGCGCUUCCUCCUGCUUCACUCCAGUCCACGGUCCCCGCGAGCCGCUCAGUCUCUCUCUAGGUGUGGUAAAAGGCUACUGGAAGCAUGGCGUGGGACGGCUACAUCACUAACCUCAUGGCGGGAGAACCUCCCUUCGUGGCGGAUGCCUGUAUCUGCGGCGCUGAGGCGGGGAAGGAGAGCGUCUGGGCGGCCACACCCGGGGGGCAACUGGCUGGUGUGACGCCUGCUGAAAUCAAGGCGAUCGUAUCAAAGGACCGCUCUCCCCUCUUUGCCAGUGGUCUGUGCCUGGCCGGCAACAAAUGUACAGUGCUUAGAGACAGUCUCCAUAAUGAUGGUGAUCACACACUGGAUGUUAAAAUGAGACCCACGGCGACGGAUCCCAACUCCUACAGCAUCACCAUCGCAAAGAGCGCCCAGACUCUCAUCAUUGUUAAGGGAAUGAAAGACGUUCCGGGAGGGAAAAUCAAUAUAAAGGCCUCCGACAUGAUGGGGUACCUGAGGAAGAGUGGCUUCUAACCUGUAACCCUAGACCCCCCCCCCCGUGUUUUCGUACGAUGAAGCUGUCUUUACGUACUGAUCUGAGCUCAGUGUAAUAUUUCCUGAACUACUGGUACUGGUUCCGGGUGAUGCUGGUCUUGGAUCAGUUUCUGGGUUCACCUUCACCGUGCCUCUUCACUGCCUUGUUUUACAUGAUGACGGUGGCGGUAAUAAUAUGCAAAUGAACAAGCUUGUGAAACUCAUUAGCGGCUAAUAAAAACAGAUUUAUUCUAUGAAA